GAUAAUAGUGUUAGUUUUCUUGGACGACAAUUUUGUGGCAAAUUAGUCGCCACCCAAAAACAUAGAGAAAGAAAUUAUAGAAAUUAGGUAAUCGUAAGAAAAAUGGCGUUCUCGACGAACCCAUUGUCUCUUAGCGUCCCCGACCCAGCAUUCGAGACAUGGCUGCGGGACAGCGGCUACCUCGAAGUCCUCGACCAGCGAACCUCCGAACUCCACCGCAUCUCGCACUCUGUCCCUUCAACCACUUCGACAAACUCCGUCGUACCCACCUAUUCCACCACCACCACUGUCACCGGCGUCUUCGUCUCUCUUUUGUCCCGUAUCCUCACGCUUCUUUCUCUUUUCACUCUUAACCCAUUUGCCAAGCUCACUACUGAUGAUUUCUCCGGCCAGACACCGUCUUGGACUACUUUGUUUGUUGGGUCUUGCCAUUCCUACUGUUUUCCUUCGUCUUCCUCACAGGCUCGCUUGAGGGUCCAUGAGAAUGUCAAGCGCUAUGCUCGCAAUUAUGCUACCCUCUUCGUCAUCUUCUUUGCUUGUACUUUGUACAAGAUGCCAAUUGCACUUGUUGGAUUGUUAUCGUCUUUGGCUCUAUGGGAUAUUUUUAAAUUUUUUAGUGAAAGAUGGGGACUGGAUCAAUAUCCAGUAGUUCGGCAGUGUUUGAUUCGUGGUGCCCAAUGCGUAACUGCUGUUAUUUUGAUAUGUUCGAAUGUUCAAAUGGCUCUUUUCUGGGCACUGGGCGUCAGCUAUGCAGUCAUGGUUUUGCAUGCUGCAUUUCGGAAGUUGACGCCUGUAAAGCAAGAUUUUCGGGGAAGAUGAUAAAGCAAAAUUCUCAAAGGAAGAUGGAAAUACUAGUUUCUAACAAACUAACCAGUAUGUAAAUUUAUCUUUAAGUAAAGAGAUCAAUAUUUGUUUCGCGCUGCUAUGUAAAAAUACUACAUACCAUGCAGGAAGUAGUAAGAUCCUCACCUCAAGCUGCAUCAAGGCCUGAUAAACGAAGUUGCAAGGGUACUCGAUGAUGGGAUCAUUUUGUUAUGGCACAAACUUCAUUUUCCAAAUGUGCUAAUUUUUUGUAAUCUGAUCUAAUGAAUUCAUCAAUGGCCUAAUUGUUGUGUCUAACUGGAGGCUUAUUGGUUUUUUGAGUGAGUUUGAGAGCAUUAGGCUUAUAAUUUGCUUCUCAGUCAAAGUUGGUUGUAGAUUUGUGAUGAUUUUAACUAAAUACUAAAAAGAUUUAUGCCCCUAAA